GUGAACCAAAUAUUGGGUCUGGUCGAACUUGAAGAGGGAAAAAGAGGACAGUAUCCUGGAAAAAUGUCAUCUUUUAUCAUCAAAAGGCCUAGCAGAAGCUCGUUACUUCUCUUCAGCAAAAUCAGAAAUCUCGUCUCUUCACAGAUCCUGCCCGAUUCCUCUCUCUCGGACGCAGUCGCGACUGAUGCGAGUUCCGCUUCUGGGUUCACUUCGAUUUUGUCAAGAAACCUCAAAACCUCAUCUGGGUUAGGCUCAAUCGGAUCAAAAAACGGAAAUUUCUCUCAUUCCGAUCGGAGAUUUGGUGUUUUGGCAUCUGGGUUUCGACAGUUGAGCUCAGAGGCUGCGUCUGUGGCGGAGGAGGCGACUGAGCCGUCGACUUCCGACGGGCUUACGGUGGAAAAGAUCAUUGCUAAUCAGUGGACAAUAUUGAAUGAGAGUGAGAGCGAUUGGAAGAGCCAUGCCGCUGCAAUUGCUCAGUCCAUCCAAGUCAUCAAGAGACGUUUGCAGUGGGAGAAACUCCUGGUGAGGGUUAACUUGUUGUCCGCGGAGCUGAAUAAGCCUGACCUCUGGAAUGAUCCAACACAUGCUGGGAAGAUAUGCCGUGAGCACGGUUCGCUCAUGGGGAAGAUGAAAGAGGUCAAGGCUUUUGAGAGGGAACUACUCGAUCAUAUUGACAUGUUGAAGCUUGCGAGGGAUGAGAACGACUCAGAGUUGGAAUCGGAAACAUUGAAGGUGUUGGUGAAUAUGAGAAGGCUUUCAAAAGAAAAGGAACUUGAGGCUCUAUUAUCUGGAGACAAUGAUUCUUGUUCUUGUUACAUUGAGGUCCAAGCUGGAGCUGGAGGAACAGAGAGCAUGGACUGGGCAUCAAUGGUGAUGCAGAUGUACAAAAUGUGGGCCCAACGGCGUGGAUUUUCAGUGUCUAUUGUUGAUGAAAUGCCUGGUGAUAUGGCAGGAAUCAAGCGUGCAACCAUAAAGGUAGAUGGCGAAUAUGCAUUUGGAUAUGCCAAAGCAGAAGUGGGAGUGCAUAGGCUGGUGAGGAUGUCGCCCUUUGACAGUGGCCAACGCCGACACACCUCGUUUGCUGCAGUAGCUGUGAUCCCUAUUCUUGGCGAUGGGUCAGCCAGAGUUCAUAUCAAUGAAUCCGAUCUUCGUAUAGAGCGGUUCCGUUCAGGUGGGCCCGGUGGACAGCACGCUAACACGACAGAGAGUGCAGUAAGAAUCACUCACACCCCAACUGGAAUAACCGCAACUUCUCAGAGUGAAAGGUCGCAGCACAUGAACAAGGCUUCAGCAAUGGCGGUGUUGCAAUCUCGGCUGGAUCAGCUGGAGAUGUCUCGUCAGGCCGCUAUGAAUGCUGAACACACACAAUCUCUAACCGAGAUCAGCUGGGGAAAUCAGAUCAGAACCUAUGUACUCCAUCCAUACAGAAUGGUGAAGGAUCUCAGGACAAACUACGAGGUUUCUGAUCCUGACUCAGUUCUUGAAGGAGACUUAGAUGGCUUCAUCUUGAGUUACUUAUCUGCUUCUUUGGACGAAGACAACAACGAACAGUGAGACUUUGGAUCAAAGUUUCCUUUUUGUUCAACCUGAGACACAUCCGGAAACCGAUUGUUUUGCCUGAGCACCAGUAAGACCAGAUCGGGACACGGGCUUAUGAUCGUUCUGACCGUUCUGACAGAUCUUGCGAUGAGUACCUGAGGAAUUUCGACGUAAAUCUGGUCUGUGUUUUGGCCAAUAAUAUCAUAGAAUAGGUUUGCAGGUUUUGUGAUAACGUGUAGUUCGUUCACAGUUCAUUUGACAUUAAUAAGAUUAACAAUGGGUUGUCCAUGAAAAUUUGUUCUUUAUACUGUUA